UGAUCAUGUCACAGUCAUUGGCUGUUUCUGGUUUAAGAGACUUGAACAUACAUGCUGCUAGACUCUCUUUAGAUAAAGGACAUGAACCUUUGAUCUAACAUACGCGCAUGAGAAAUUUUCUUCGCAGUUCGAGCUGGAAGAGUUCUCCGUUCCAGAGUAAGCACGCUCAUCUGCCUCUCAGCUGUGAUGGAUGGUUCAGAAAGUUGAAAUCAAAGGUUAUGUUGUCGUCAAUUAGUGUAGCACAUACAAGCAUGAACACCAGCAUUCUGUCAACGACGAAGAGGUCGGGACGGGGCGAUGCAACAGAUGGCGAACCAGAGGAACACUACACAAACUUUGUGUUGAUCACCGCUGUCUCUGACGUGUGCAAAAACUUACGUGAGCACAUUCAUCACGACGGACGGUCUCCAGUUGGAUGAAGAUCUGGCGGUUUUCUAUUCAAAAUAUACCAUGACAGGUUCUUACGGUGCAGGGGAGGUGAAGCUCGAGAAAGUGGAAGAUGGACAGGUGAGUGGAGUCGAGAGAAUUUUUCAACCAGAUGCGGAUCUCUCUCUGCGGGGACGGAGCCAGAUUGAGGAUUUGACCGAGUUAUGAGGUUGUCGUCGGCAUCGACGAAGGUCAAAACGAUGCUGGGGAAAAAUAUACUUUGGAAAGGCCUUGCAGUGAGUAAGCACGUUGUGAUUAGCUCAGAAAUGUGAGGAAGGUAGUUUGCGUUGUAGGUACAACUGAGCAGGAAGCGAGUUCUUUGCGGAGGCUUGUCCCGGAGCAUAUGUAGGGAAGGUGACAUCCUCCAGCUGACGCAGUUUGAGGACGUCGAAGACAAAUAAGAGGAGAGGCGAAUGAAACAGAAUAUAGGCAGAUUUGCUCAGAGUCAACGAACUACAUCUGCCGUACUUUGUUCUCCGAUUUGUUUGAUUCAGCUCGCGUCUGUGUCGGAGGAGAAGCUCAGUUUUCAGGCUCAGGGCUCUAGUUAUCUUGUCUCGUUGGUUUCGCCUCACCUGAAUCUUCUGAAGGCCUGGCGCACAGUUUGUCAGUCGAGACUCUGAAGUCGUUAUUGCUGAGCAGAGGCCUGCGCAGCGGGGAUUUGACUAGCAGCUCUCUGGCCACUGCACCGUACACUUUGGGCACCCACUUCGAACGAUGGCAAUGAACGGCAAGCUGAGUUUGGUGUUGGUGUUCGCUCUGCUGGCAGCACUGGCUGUCGUCUCAGUCCGAAGUGAUGCAACAUUCAAGGAUCCACGAGGAAUGGUAAAUCUGGCGAAUUUUCAAGCGUUGAAUAACGCGCUCUACUGCCUCGACAACAAGACCGCUGCCGUAUGCCCCCCAGGAGGUUAUCUCAAUGAGACUGGAAAGAUCCCACAAUUUAGCACAGCCGAUGCCCUCGUUUACUGCAAUGAAGGCUGCGCAAAUCAGACUCUCGUGCAAUUGAAAUGUGUAUACGACGUCUACGAGCCAUUCCGCUUCAACAACAACGCUCUCGUCGCAGAUAUCCGGAACACGAUCGAAGCCGCUUGUGAUCCAACCAGCAUUUUGUUCGGAAACUUUACCAUCAAAGUUACAAGUUUUGGAACGAACUUGGCUCCAACAAGCCUCUUGGGGGUGACGCUUCUGUCUGUUCUUUCUGCACUUCUCUUUGUCUGACUUAUCGAGCCGAACCCUCAGGCCCUGAUGAGGAAGAGAAAUUCGAAGCUGCUGUUUCUGUACCGAUUACCUUUUUUCCCGCACUGUCAGCCUAUUCGAUUCUUCUUUAAACCAUAUACUCUAUUUGUGUAAGACUUGGGUCAUAGCAAGUAGUAUGUCUUCUAGGGGCCCUGGAUUCGUCAUAGUGAGGUAUGCGACAUUUGGGUUUUCCGCUUUCCACGAUCACAGGCUGGUAUGGCUGUUCAAAUUCACGUAGUGUAAACUGUGCGGGUGAGAUGGAAACUCAGACGCGGGAUGGAAUCUCGUUAAUUUUCACACUCAUACAUUCGCAGAUACAGUGUGGCCUCCACUUCGUCACCAGAAAUGUAAACGGGACUGAGAAUUCAUGUGAGCUCAUCAGUGAUCGAUAAAGUUGUGUGUAUGCGACGAUAAUAGAUACUUUAUAUUACUAGGGCAUGUGUAAUUCUAAGUUGCCACUGAAAUCCAGUAAUCUGUGGCUUUGCUGGAUGAGUUUCAAUCCAUCCGGCAUAAAGUUUUGAGGUGUUGUGAUCCAUCUUGUGGCUGUUUCUGCCUGACCUCGAAUCGUGCUUGAUGCUCUCACUCCAAAUAAGUGUCCAUCUUUCAGUUCGCCGGUCAUCGUUGUGUCAAUCUUCCAGUCGCAAAGUUGACUUUGUCGAUGUACUCCUCAUUGUUCUGUCAAUCUUCCGGUCGCAAAGAUGACUUUGUCGAUGUACUUCUCGUUUAUCGUCCGAUAGGGCAAAGCUUCUUCUUCUCGACUGAGGGUACUUGAUUCUUCGUCGAACAUGGAAAGAUCGGCGGACAUUGGUGUUGUUGUUUUCUUCGAUCGGGAAGAGGGGAAGCUUGUCAGCCCUAGCGAACUCAAUGAGAGCGCAGGGCGAGGUGACUUUGAAGCAAUUUAAAUACCGGCCAGAUGCAUGAGCUCUUUCUUCAUCUCAUCGUUGCGCGCGUUGAUCUCGUCAAUGCCCGCCUGGAGGGAGCCAUGGCCGCCCUCGAUGUCGGAUGCUCGGGAAAUGAUCUCGCGGUGGCCCAUGCGCAACAAAUCGAUGUCGUGGCGAACCAAGCCGAUCGUGGUCACCGUCUCGUCCUGCUUGGCCAUCACACCGUCCUGACCCUUGUGCAGAUUCUGAAUAUCGCGCUGCAAGUUGGCGUACAUGUUCAGAUUUCUGGCCAUGGAAUCCACGACCUGCGCCAGCAAGCGCAGGUCCCUGUUCAGCUCGGCCACCGUCGCCAUCGCCGCUUGCCGCUAGCUACGUCGGCCACAAGCCUUCGUCGGGAACGCGAUCGAUCGCUCCGCCGUGAUCUGCAGUAUCUCGACACCGCCGGCAGAAUUCCGACGUUUUCUUCCCUCUCCCUUUCCC